CCAAACAAAGACUGCAAUCCCCAAAUCCCCUCUUUCUCUCUCUAAUGUUCUAUCACAAUCUCAUAUACGUCCCUCCUUCACCGCCUUACCCUCAUUGCUACCUGAAACAAUCUCUCUCUAUUAAUUCAUAUCAUCAAUAUUUCCAAAUUCAUAAUUUGAUCCAACUAUUUCCUCUUUCAACCCAUCUUUACGUCACUAUUCCUUAACUCUAGAAAAGAGAAAGACAUACUUAGAGAGAGAUAGUGGAUAUCGGCCUAUAUGGAUUCAUUCAACGGUAGAAAACUAUCCCGGCCGAGGGCAGCCGGUUCAUUUGGGACCUCUCUUAGCCCUCCAUGCUUUAGAACUAUCAACGGUCCUGAUUUUCUCGCAUUCAAUCACCAUAUCGCAGCAAAUGGAACGGUGCAUGAACAACAACAGGUAGUGGUAAGCUCAAGGUGGAAUCCAACGCCUGAGCAGUUACAAACCCUAGAGGAAUUGUAUAGGAGAGGAACACGAACACCGUCGGCCGAUCAAAUUCAGUACAUCACCGCCCAGCUCCGGCGAUAUGGUAAGAUUGAGGGAAAAAAUGUGUUUUAUUGGUUCCAAAAUCAUAAGGCUAGAGAACGCCAUAAACGCCGCCGUCGCCAACUUGAGUCAGCCUCCUCGGAUGAACAACAACAGCAGCAGCAACUUGGUUGCAUACUCCAUUCAGAAAUAAGGGAAUCAGAAGUGAACAGGCGGGCAGUGAUUGAAGUAGAGCAGACGAAGGGCUGGAUACCCUCUACAAACAGCAGUACCCUUGCAGAGAAAAGUAUUUCAAUGGAGAAAGGAGCAAAAGAUGGAUGGGUACAAUUCAAUGAGGAAGGAGAAAUACUACAGCUGGAUAAGAAUGACACGUGGCAGAUGAUGCAGUUUCUCUCUUGUUCUUCUAAUGCCCCUAUUACUACUAUGUCUACUUGCAGCCCAGAGACAAAUAUAGUUAGGGCAAUAAUGUGUCCAAAGAUAUUUAUUCCAACUAAUGAUGUUCGUUUCUUGGUUUCUGGCUACAACCACGAAGAUGGAAUCGCCAUCCAGGGGUUGUCUGAGUCUCAGACCCUCCAGUUGUUCCCUCUUCAGAGUGAUGCUGACGACAUAGACGAUGAUGAGAGUAUGACUGAGAAACAAACGGAUAUGUUUGAUUCGUCGAUGGUUAGAGGGGGUUUGAGUAGCACCCCGUGCAAGUUCAUUGAAUUCCUUCCUUUGAAAAACUAGUAAUCAUUCUAAUUCAAAUCGUCGUUGUUGAGACGAAAAAGUUUGAGUGACAAAAAUGACAAGAGAUGGAUAGAGUGGCUCAUCAAUUGAUGUAUGUGAUGGAUUUUACACACGAUUAUUUAUGUUAAAUUUGAUGGGUUUUGUUUAGAA